CGCAUUGCUCCCGCGGUUAACUGAACAUUUUUGUGUGGCGGAGGCGUGUGUUUCAAUACCUCGCAAUGUUACAGUAUGUAAAAGCAAUGUGGUAGGGAACAAACUAGAUUUGCUUGAGACUUUCAUGUCUGCACUGGACCCGAAAUCACUGGCAAAUGUAGGAUAUCGCCGCAACUUGGCAACCCGCUUUUAACACGAACAGGAACACGGCUGUUUACAAGUUGUCUCCGCCCUUCUUCUGUAAGCCGGAACACAAAAGAUAAUAUUUAAGCUCACCUAGGGGUUUUGAAAGCAUAAAGAACGGCGCGUUUUAACGAACACCGCAAGCUUCCUGGAGAGGAAACAUGAGUUUUUUCGACUAUCUGUCGGCGCAGACGUGGACGCUGCUUGCGACCGCGUUCGCCCUUCUCGUGCUGUAUGGUGUCUCACCCUAUGGCUAUUUCAAAAAACUAGGAAUCCCCGGGCCCAGACCCCUGCCAUUUUUGGGAACCUGCCUCUCCUACAGAAAAGGUUUUCAACAUUUCGACAUGGAGUGUUUCCAUAAAUAUGGGAGCAUUUGGGGCAUCUUUGAUGGAAGAAAACCCCUUCUGAUGAUCACAGACUCCAACAUGAUUAAAGCAGUGAUGGUCAAGGAGUGUUACACAUAUUUUACCAACCGGAGGGAUGGGAUCAUGGCUGGACCCUUAGCUGAUGGCCUGUCUCUAGUCAAGGACGAAAAAUGGAGGAGAAUCCGCAGCGUCCUGUCACCCAUUUUCACUAGCGGACGGCUGAAAGAGGUCUUCCCUAUCGCCAUCCAUUAUGCGGACAUUAUGAUGGCCAGCUUGAAAAAGAGAAACUUGGAGGAACCUGUCCAGAUUAAGGAAAUUGUGGGUCCAUACAGUCUGGACGUCAUCACUAGCGCCUCGUUCAGUGUUGACAUCGACUCGAUCAAUAACCCAAAUGAUCCGUUUGUCAGCAACAUCAAGAAAAUCCUCAAAUUCAGCUUUUAUAAUCCUCUUCUGUGGAUUAUAACUAUGCUUCCUUUUACCACUCCUAUUUUUGAGAAGCUGGGACUGUCUCUCUUAGAAAACUCGAGUAUAAACUUCUUCUACAAAGCCCUCAGGAAGAUAAAGGAUCAGCAUCAGAAAGACCAUGGUAGUCGGGUGGACUUCCUACAGCUUAUGAUUGAGUCCCAGAUUUCAGACCAGCAAGCGGAGGCAAAAGCCACUGGUGAAAGUAUAAAAGGUCUGACAGAUCACGAGAUUCUCUCCCAGUCCUUAAUUUUCAUCUUUGGGGGGUAUGAGACCACUGGCUCCACCCUGACGCUUUUGGUGUACAACCUUGCAACCAACCCGGACACCAUGAGGAAACUGCAGGAGGAAAUUGACAGGGUUUUCCCAGAUAAUGCCCCUGUCUUGUAUGAGGCACUCAUGCAGAUGGAGUACCUGGAUAUGGCUAUCAACGAGUCCAUGCGCCUGUGGUCCCCUGCCCCGCGCAUCGAGAGGGCCUGCAAGCAGACCGUUGAGAUCCAUGGGGUGACCAUCCCUUCAGACACCCUGGUUGUGGUGCCCACCUAUGUCCUGCAUCGGGACCCCAAAAUCUGGGAGUCCCCAGAAACCUUCAAACCUGAGCGGUUCAGCAAAGAAAACAGAGAGAGCAUUGACCCAUAUACCUUCUUGCCAUUCGGGACUGGCCCUCGCAACUGCAUUGGAAUGAGGUUUGCGCUCAUGAUCAUGAAGCUGGCUGUGGUUAAGCUGCUGCAGAACUUUGACUUUGAGACGUGCAAGGAGACACAGAUUCCUUUGGAGCUGAAUACAUUGUACCAACCUAAACAGCCAAUAACACUGAAGCUGGUUCCACGAAAGUCCUUAUCCAAGAAGGACUAGCUCCAGGGAUGCUACAUUUCUGUAUUUCUCCUAUAUUUCAGUUAAACUAACUGCUCUACUUCAGUUAAACAUUUUUCUUUAAAUCAAAUGUGAUUUAAUAAAGGUAUAAAAUGUAAAGUUUGUGAAGUGUCAUUUGCUGUAGACUUUUGCAGACAUAUGCCUUCUCACCUGAGCUGACGUUAUCACUGCAUAAUUCACUCAAACAGACAUCAAUGGAAACUCACCACCACAUGCACACAAAGUUUAAAAAAAAAAAAAAGAAAAAUGAGUACGCUGACAUGAGACAUGAUGAACUGCCGCAGCCCCCCUUGCCCACACCUUCUGUUGCCCGCUUCUGUUUUUCUGUUUGCCAGAUUGGUUCCUUAGAUGAUACUUCACAAGACCUACAUCAGUAAA